AUGUUGUUGAAAUUCAAAAGAGCACUAAAUUCCGACAUAAAUUAUUUUUGAAGUAAUUACACUUGCGCAUAAUUCACAUUGAAAGUUGUGUUUAUUACUUUUAUCAUGGAUAAAAAACAGUUAAAUAUCAUCUACCUGUGAUAGCAGUGUACGCGAAAACUGCACUAACCACAACCGCAGAGUUUUAUAUUUGUGCUGUCGACAGUGGAUGACAGCGGCCGCUGAGCUUCACAGCACACGCCGUCGGUGGAAAAAUUGGCUGCGUUUGUAAUAUUGGGUAGCUAGCGAGCUAAGUUUCAGAGCACCAGUGUAAGUUAACUGGGAAGUGUGGACUGGAUAUGACUGACUCAUCAUCAUGGCACGGACAGAGGAGAUAACCCUCAACAGUGUCUCUGCAGCAGUUCCAAACAGGGAGCCUAACAACUAGCUAGACAGCUAAGUUAUUUACACAUUCCGUCGUUUUUAUCAUAUUCUAACCCCUCGCAGUCAAAGUGGCAUUAUGAAUACCCCCGUGUACACCUUUGUUACCCGUGACGACAACAGCACUGUUUAUGCAGAAGUUUCCAAAAUCCUCCUUUCAACUGGACAGUGGAAGAGGCUGAAAAGAGACAAUCCUAGAUUCAACUUAAUGCUUGGUGAACGGAACAGACUGCCCUUUGGACGUCUAGGUCAUGAACCAGGACUGGUGCAGCUGGUGAAUUACUACAGAGGAGCAGACAAGCUUUGCAGAAAGGCGUCCUUGGUCAAGCUAAUAAAGACCAGCCCAGAGCUGUCUGACUCCUGUAACUGGUUCCCCGAAUCCUACAUCAUCUAUCCCACUAACCUCAACACCCCUGUUGCUCCAGCUACAAAUGGCGUUAGCCAUCUGAAGAACAAUCCCAAGACAGAUGAGCGGGAAGUUUUCUUGGCCUCUUAUCACUCUAAAAAAGAAAGUGGGGAGGGUACAGUGUGGAUAGCCAAGUCUUCUGCUGGAGCUAAAGGUGCUGGUAUUUUGAUAUCCCAUGAUGCUAAUCAGCUGCUGGAGUACAUUGACAAUCAGGGACAAGUUCAUGUCAUUCAGAAGUAUCUGGAAAAACCUUUACUUCUGGAGCCAGGACAUCGGAAGUUUGACAUUAGGAGCUGGGUGCUAGUGGACCAUCAUUACAACAUCUAUUUAUACCGGGAGGGUGUGCUGCGGACUUCCUCCGAGCCCUACAACAGCUCCGACCUCCAAGACAUGACCAGCCACCUGACCAACCACUGCAUCCAGAAGGAGCACUCCCAGAACUAUGGACGAUAUGAGGAGGGGAACGAGAUGUUCUUUGAUGAGUUCAGGCUGUACCUGCUGAACACUCACAAUGUCACCCUGGAGACCACCAUAUUACCUCAGAUCAAGCAGAUCAUAAAGAGCUGUCUGACGUGUAUUGAGCCGGCAAUCAGCACCAAGCACCUGUCCUACCAGAGCUUCCAGCUCUUUGGAUUUGAUUUCAUGGUGGAUGAGAGCUUCAAAGUGUGGCUCAUAGAGAUCAAUGGAGCUCCAGCCUGUGCACAGAAACUGUAUCCAGAGCUAUGUCAAGGUAUUGUGGAUGUGGCCAUUUCCAGUGUCUUCACCCUGAACAGCAGCAGUGACUCCUCAUCUGCUUCCUCCUCUCCUUAUUCCUCCUCCCCAUCCUCCACGUUCAGCACCAACUCCUGCUCCUCUCCAAAACUGAGAGCCCCUCUUCAUGUGGGCCCUUUCACUCGACUUUAAGCUCACACACAAAUAUUCUCCGCAUCUCCUCCAAACUACAAGCUUCCUCAUGCUCUGUCUUCACUCUUAAACUACACCUGAGAAGUAGCACAUGCCAGCACGCCGAGCCUUUAAUUGAACCUUGCCUGCCGCGCCUGGAGGGAGUCUUUCUUUUUAUGGGAAUCGCUGAAACUGCAGAAAUGAUCUCUGCUCUCCUCAUUAUGCAUAUCAUGAAUGUGAGGAUGCUGGUGAAUUGAUCGACCACACUUUGUGGGAGUUUCUGAAUGAGGACAGAUGCCCUUCCAUCUCAGUUCCACCACCAUCAGGUUCUCCCUCUAAGCAGAUAAAUGGAGGUCUGAAGGAUGCUCCAAGUCAGACUGUAGUGCCUUACAUUUCCAGCCACACUCCCUUAAAAAGACUGCCAGUUAGCUUGCUCUGUUAUCGUGACUCGUACUUGUUCUGUAAGCCUUUGCGCUGUUGCUCAAUAAAGUCAAUGCAGUCAUGAUCCGUCCGCAAGAGUUAGCAUAAAACAGAUUCUUUGAUAUUGGAGAUCUUAGGGAAGUACUUAUUUUCUCAUCAGACACUUUUUUUUAUUUUUUUUAAUCACUUUUUAUAGUUUACCUGCAGCCAUCUGUAUCCAGUCGUUGGAAUGAGGAAUGCUAACAGUGAUCAACAGGCUACAGGGACCGAUAUGAAUAAACUUAUGACUCCCUAAUAUUAGCUAAUACACUAACCUAAUAUGUUUGAUGAGCUCCUUGAACAACAACAUUCCUCUAACCUGACCAUGUGGACACUACACAUUAUUUACACUGAGGGCAGCAGGGUGGAAUAAGUGAGCAGGGAGAUGGUCUCUUCGCUCAAAAACCCAGGUUUACAUCCGUCUCAACAAGCUCUGCCGAUGUGUUCCUAUCCUCUGACCUCUCUAUGGCAGAGAGGAGCUGCCAUUAUUCAGUUCUCAACAAAUUCGUUACCAAAUUUAGUUCAUCUGAAGACACUUCGAUGUUUUAUUUGUCAUUUGAAAAGCGCAUGUUUGUGUGAAAGCAUGUAGUUGUAUACAUCCUCAUAAACGGCACCUUUUGCCCCAGUUUGUAAAGAGCUGCCCUAAUGUCUGUGUUCUGUUUCUGACUUAUGAGAAGAUAGACAGAAAUUGUCAAGUGUUGUCAACAAGUGUGUGGAUUACAUUUUUAAACUGUUGAAAGUAGAGUAGAUUGUACAAAGUGUGUUAUUGAUUAUUAAAAUCAAGACCCCAUGAAACAAAACAGACUUGACAUUUCUAAACAUUUGUUUAUAGAAGAGCUGAUGGAGACCAAAAUACAUACAACCAUACAUCAUGCUUCCUACUCUGGUCACGUAAAUAUACUGUGUCAUUUGUUUCAUGGCCAAAGAAAAGUCUCAGUAUACAGACAGGUCUUCAUCAAGUCACUGCUUCUUAUUCAGUUUCUGUCUGACUCGCUUUCUAAACUAUAAUUUUUUUUAUCUUCAUUUUUUAUCAGAGUUGAAUGUCAUGUUUUUUAUGUUUCAUGGGGUCAUUAAAAUAUUUUAGUUUAGUUUUUAGUUUUAGUUUUUUACUUUUAUUUUCACUAAAUCUCUUUGUGAAUAGCUGAGACCUGAGGUGUAACUGCCCAAGAUGACUUGUGUCAGAUCUAUUUUAGGUUACUGUUUGUUAGAAAGGAGUGUUUAGUUCUUCCUUAGCUAAGAAACUUUCAGUUAGCACAAAAUUUGUGACAGCUGCACGGCCUGUAGUUGAUUUUUGAAAAUCCGCUGUCGUGUUUCCAGGGGCUCAUUUCAAACACAGAAUAAGUCAAUAAUCUUUAAUGUUAGAAUCCCUGCUGCUCCUCUCUUUUAACCUCUAUUGAAAUGUGUGAGGCUUUGCUUCCUGUGCUUUGAGUAACAUGAGUUAAGGGACAUCAUCAGAGCAUUUAUUUAUGUUUUUAAUCACUGUGUAUUUGUGUUUACAAGAUGACUCUGAAGAAUGAAGGAUAUAUGAGUGGCCGAAGGUCAGAAAUAUGGGAGAGUUACAGGGCAGGUCAAAUGGACAAAAUGAAAACUUUGUUCUUUUAAAGAAACUGGUUUGUUGUAAGAUUAUUCCCAGUAACCUAAGAACAUACAGAAACCAUGAAUCCAUUACAGAACCCUGCUGUAGCUGAAAUGAUGUUAGACAGUUUGGAAAGAUAUUCAUGUAAGUAGAAAAUGGGUAUUUAGUUCAUGAUUGGUAAAUGCAUUAAGUGUUUGAUAGCUGGUUUUGGGAAUUUCAAAAGCAAACUCAGUAUUUUUUACAUUAAAUUUAUCGGGAAAUGUCUUUCCAUCAAAGGGAUGGGUGCCUUAGAGGGAAUUGCAUAUUGAUAAAAAAGCAAUGGACCUCCAGUAUUUAAAUGCACCUUCAUUUGUUUGUUUGUUCUGAAGUGACUUUGCUUCAUUCAUUAUUAGACCUCUUUUGAAUUCAACGAUGUCAUUUCCUCUUUUUUUGCACAUCUGACUCAUUUUCUCAUGUUUUUCUCAUGUUUCAUAUUGUUCUGGGAUUUCCUCAUCUUUACCAAAGAGCAAAUUCCUGCUGUAAAAUGUUUUGUAGUUACUAUAAUCUGGACAUUAUCGCAUCAACUGGCCAAUGGGAUCUAAAAGCAAGUAUCAUAUCCAGAUCGAUGUCUGUGCUGUGCUUAUGUUAAGUGAUGUUUUAUCCAAAAUCUUGCAUGAACAUUUGUCUUUAUCAGAAACAAUAUUGCUAGAAUAAAA